AUGUGCCUUGCGUGGGAGUUACGGUGCUGUGGAGGAUAUGGGAACCGCAUGAAGCUCAGUGAGGCCGAGUGCGGGGUCCUGCACUUGUUGGGGCAGCCCCCGGAGCUUUUUGUUCAGUAUUUGGCUACAUACUCCUACAAACACGGCAGAGGCAAGGAGAAGAAUGCUCUAACUUACAGUGACCUGUCUCAUACUGCAGAAGAGUGUGAGACCUUUCAGUUCCUUGCAGAUAUCUUGCCAAAGAAGAUCCUAGCUAGCAAAUACCUAAAAAUGCUUGAAAAAGAGAAGCGAGAUGGAGAAGUGGGAGAAGAUGAUGAAGAGGAUGAGGAGGAAGAGAAUGAAGAUGAAGCUGUUGAUGAAGACGUUGGAUCUUAAGACCAAUGGAGAAUUGCUUCAUAGUUGAUCCAUUUUCUGUUGUAUAAAGGAUGUUAUUUUUGUGACUGAGAAUCCAGAUGCUGGAUAUAUUUAUAUACUGAGCCAUCUGCUUUUGCUUUGUUUAAGAAGUUUAGAAAUUGAACUUU